GCUGUCAUUUUGCGGGCGGCAGGAGCCAAGUUCAACGUUGAGUGGGGUCGGGACCGGUUUUAGGAGGGGGUGUGACCUGACUUGAGCUGAGCUGUCUGUGUUAAGAGGCUGGACCUGUCUUCUCCGAGUCUCCCUAUAUAUAUCUUCCACAGCAGCCACUGCUUGUCUGCAAACUGUGAAAGGCAAAUCCCUUGGACGAAAAUGGUAAUAAUGUUUCCCCAAACUGCGACCAGCAGAGGUACGGGUGUGAACAUUAGGAACAUUGGUCACCAGUCAUCGUACAAAGAAUUUGUAAACAUGAUGGGAAAUAUUGUUAUCCUUAGUUUGAUAGUGGCAAUAUCCUUAUCAUUUUGGAUUGUGUCGAUGACUGUCAGUACUUAUUAUGGUACUCUACGACCCGUGUCACCUUGGCGAUGGCUGUUUUCUGUAUUAGUUCCACUAGUUAUUGCUUCACAUGCACUAAAGAAACAAAGUCUUGAUCGCAGUGGAGCUAUUGGAGCUUUGAUUGUUGGGUUCAUCCUUACAAUUGCCAACCUCAGUUUCUUCUCUGCAUUGCUAACUUUUUUUGUUAGCUCAUCGAAACUCACAAAAUGGAAGGCAGAAGCAAAAAAACGUUUGGAUGCAGAAUAUAAGGAAGGUGGCCAGAGGAACUGGAUACAGGUAUUUUGUAAUGGAGGUGUUCCUACAGAGAUUGCCUUACUUUAUAUGAUUGAAACUGGGCCGGGAGAAAUUGCAAUUGAUUUUUCAAAGCAGUACACUGCCUCUUGGAUGUGUCUGUCUCUCCUGGGAGCGCUGGCUUGUAGUUCAGGUGACACCUGGGCAUCAGAGAUAGGAAGCGUUGCCAGCAAAACGCAUCCAAGACUGAUCACCACGUGGGAAAAGGUUCCCAUUGGUACUAAUGGAGGAGUUACCUUUGUAGGCCUUGCAUCGAGUUUACUUGGUGGAAUGGCUGUUGGAUUAGCCUAUCUAUUAACUCAAUUGCUGUUUGUGGAGGACCUGAAUACUUCACCACCUCAGUGGCCGAUUGUUAUAUAUGGUGCUGCAGCAGGUUUCCUUGGCUCCAUUUUGGAUUCCUAUUUAGGCGCCGUAAUGCAGUAUUCAGGUUUUGAUGAAGACAGUGGGAUGGUUGUCAAUCACAUUACUCCUAAUGGACGGCAUAUAUCCGGAAAACCUAUUCUGGAUAAUAAUGCAGUAAAUCUCUUUUCUGCGAUCCUUAUUGCUCUACUGCUGCCGGGAAUGACUUGGCCUUUUUGGCCAAGGAAGUUAGCAAUUUAGAAACAUAGUGAAGGAGGAUUCUAAUCAUCUGCUAGCAUAAAAUAUUGCAUAUGAGUAUUGCACUAACAAACGGAAGUCUGAAUUAAAAUGAAGAUGUACAAAAAUACUUCCAAUAUUGCAACUUUGUGGAAGCAUAAGCUGUAUCUUCACACGCUUACUUUGUUUACUUAUUUAUUGUUUCUUUGGAAAUGUUAUUUGGUGUCUUCAAUCAAAAAGCUUACCCUCAAUAUGUUACAUCUCAGUGAAUAGUCUUUUUAUUACAAUUGAUGUUGUUGCUCCUUUUUAUUAACAUUUUUUUCAGCAAUGCCUCUAAAUCAGAGAACAUACUUAAAUUAUGUAACAACUUAUAACUUUGAUGAACAGAUUUUGGCAGUAAACUAUUGAUCAGCCAAGCUCACUCUUCAAAAUCACUGGUUGGUUUCCUCCUUAUGAUUCUGGAUGUAAAUCAACAUUUCAAAUCAAAGUUUAUUCAAUGUCUUUUUGAAAACUUGUUUUUUGUUAAAUUCUUACUGAUGAUUCUCAAUCUUAUCAUGGUUUUACUCAAAACACUGCUGCCUAAAUUUCAGAAUUUGAAAUUCUACCUUCUAAUUCUUGAAUCCAGUAUUUGACAGAAGAGUUGUGAAUCCUGACCAGCAAGAGCUUAAAAAUGAAAUGAAGUUACUGAAUAGCUUUAAGACUGAGAGUGAUACAGGAGAAAUAAAAGCAAAAUGAUGUUUCAGCCCCAAGGGAUAAUUUACAGGUAAAUCUUAAGUUAAUCUACAAUAACACAAACCAAAUCCAGCAAUAAGUGGACUGAGCAAAGAAAAAUUAGUUUAAUUAAUUAAAGUCAUACAUAAAUCUUGAGUAAUUAAACAUACAUCAAGAUUGGCUUGGAUUGAAUUGCUGGUUUUGUGCUAUACCAGAAUCUUUAACAAACGCAUUUGCAAUAAAGAGAAACUUCUGUUCAGAUUUGUUGAGCUGGAGUCCAAAACACAGGGGCAUCAUAGAGUGGGGGGAGUUCUGAGGAUUGUUUAAUUGAGGAGGCAGUCUCUCACUUUAGUUUUCUGAAUUUAAUUUUUAUGUUUUUCCAUACCUACAGAAGGUUUUUAAAUCAGUUUUGUUCUCGCUUGUUUACUUGUGUUCGAGUUUGUCUUUACGAAUUUCUUGGUGAUCUUUCAUUUCUAGGAGAGACAGUGACAUUGUGGUAGUGUCACUGGAUGAGUAAUCCAGAGGCCCAGUGAUAUUCCCACUGUGCCAACCUCUAUUACUCUCUGGACACAGAUUUAAAUUUCAACAUGGUGGUUGGUGAAGUUCAAACUUCAUUAAUGAAUGUGGCAAUAAGAGCUGCUCUUGGUGAUGGUGACCACAGCAGUUAUGUCAAUUGUCAUAAAAAACCCAUCUGGUUCACUAAUGCCCAUUAGGGAAAUAAAUCUGCCAUCCUUACCUGAUCUGGCAGGUGUACAUGUGAUUCCAAACAACCACAGCAAUAUGAUUGAUUUGGAAAUAGACAAAUACAUUUCUCUAUUCAAAUGAAUUAAGGGUAGACAAUAAAUGUUAGCCUUGUCAGUGAUCACAUGAAAGAAUAAAGGAAAAUAACAAUCUAAAAUUCUCUCAAUGUUAUUUCUCCUCCUGACAACAUCAAAAGCUUCCUGUUUCAUCAAAUACCAUUUCUAAGUUUUUCUGUUUGAUCACUUGUAUUGAGUUUUCAUUUCUUAAAGAAAUCCAUAUUUUCUGUGAAUUGAUUUUUAAAAAUAUAAUGGAUACUUGUUUCAUCGCAGUUUAAUUGGAGCCCGUUUGGAAAGAACAGCUUCCUAUUUCUUGGCACCAGUGCCAGAGCCCCUGAAUUGAUAAAUCUGCCUCCCAUUCAACACUUUUAGCCAUGCAUUAAGGAAAAAACCUUAUUAUCCAUUCAGCAAUUAACUAAUUUGCACGUGGUUCAGAGUUUGAAUUGCAGAACAAAGUAUAAUAACAUUUUAACCCGUGUUUUUUUUACUCCAUCACUCCCUCCCUCCUCAUAAAUUGAAGAAACAGAAUGAGCAUAAACAACUAUGAGCAUAGAGUUUUUAAAUCAGUUAUUAUCAAUAUAUAGAAAAGAAUUAGUGAAUGUAAAUUAUAAUGGGGAAAAGAAAUCAGCAGAGACAUUAAGGAAUAGAUUAUUUUUGAAAGAGCAUUCUGGAAAGCUCCUUUUUCUUUGUUCUUCUGAACUUCUUGGAAAGAUGUUCUUAAUACUUGUGGUAAUUUAUGAAACCCUGUUGACCUCUUCUCCUGGAAGUAAAUUUGCAUAAGCAUCAUACAAUUAGUAUUUAACAUAGCUAAUUUUUUUUUAAGUAUAAAACUGAUUUAGGCAAAAAUUUAGAGAAACACUUUGAAAUAUCUGAUUAUGUUAUGUUUAAUGUAUAGUAUCCAAACAUACUCACCAUAGCCUACAUUGAGCAGUCAAAACCUCAGCAAAUACACUAAGAGUUUAAAUUUGUAUUUUCAUUCAUUUGAAUAAAUCACAAGUUGCUAAUAUCAGCAAAUCUUGUUGUUUAGUUUUUGGUUACAUUUAACAAUGAGGUGAUUGUGCUGAAAACAAUCCUUUUCAAACCCCAAACCUUUAAGCAAACUAGCAACUAAGAAAUGUAAACAUAGGUAGAAUUGAGUUGCCCAAAGUUCAUAAAUCUUGAUUUAACUCACUAUCUGCAGUUUGUACAUUCAUAUCAACUAUAAUUAAUUAAAAGUCAAACUUUUAUACAGUCAGAUAUUUGAAUAUAGUUGUAGAUUACUUUUAAGUGUGCUAUGAUAAUAUGUUGAGAAAUAACAUAUAGUAUCUUUUGUGUCUUCAUGACCUCAUUGCCUGAAUUACUUUUUUUAACAUUUACCUAUUUGGAUGUGUCAUGACAUAUCUCUGUGGCAGGUGGGGCAUUUUAAAAUUAUGCUUUCAAAGAAUGUGGGCACUGCUGGCUGGACCAGCAUUUAUUGACCAUCUCUAAUUCUU